AUGAUAACAUUCGGCUUGAUGGCUUCCAACAUCAUUGCUGGCGGAUUCUCAUACGUUGAUCCGACUAAUGUUGGGUGGCGUUUGAUGUUUGCUUUUGCUGCUUUACCAGGCGUGGUGCAGUUCGUUGGUUUUGUGUUUUUACCAGAGAGCCCGCGAUGGCUGUAUCAAAUGAAGCAAAAGGAGAAGGCGCGCAAAGUUUUAAAAAAGAUUUACAAUGGGCAUGAGGAAUGGGUGAACUACGAGAUAGCCGAAAAUGCAAAGUCGGUGGAAAGUGAAAGAAAUGCAAAAGCGCUUGUUGGCGGUGAGCCAGUUUCA